AUGCCCCCCAACAGCAAAUUCGACGGCAGCGAAGCCAUCCCUCCAAACGCCACUUUCGACCAGCGGAAUCUUGCCGGCAAGACCGUAAUCAUCACCGGCGGCGCGAGCGGAAUCGGCGAGGCUGUCGUGCGGGGGUUUGUGCAGGCUGGAGCGGUUGUUACGUGUGGUGAUGUUGAUGAGGUGAGGGGGAAGGCUUUGGCUAGGGAGCUUGGUGGGGAUGAGAGGGUGGUGUUUGUGAAGUGUGAUGUUUUGAGGUGGGAGGAUCAGUUGUGGUUGUUUAAGAGGGCUUUGGAGAGGGGAAGGGGGGUGGAUGUUGUUGUUGCUAAUGCUGGCCUCGACGGCGAAGAUACAAUCCUAAAGCAGAAACCCGUGACCGCAAACGGCGAUCCCACGGAACCCGACCUCAAAAUCCUCAAAACAAACCUCAUCGGCGUCGCAUACACCGCCCGCCUCGCCAAUUUCUACUUCUCCAAACAAGCCAAACCCUCCAACAAAAGCCUCAUCAUCACCGCCAGUCUCUCGUCCUACAUCGACCAUCCCUUCUCCCCGGAGUACUCAGCCUCGAAAUGGGGCGUUCGAGGUAUGAUGAGGAGUUUGAGGAGUACCGCGGGCGUGACGGGGAUGAGGGUGAAUUUGGUGGCGCCUUGGUAUAUCAAAACGCGCAUCUUCUCCGACGAGAUGGUCAGGGUCUUCGAGGCUAGCGGGGAGGAGUGGGCGCUUGGGGAGGAUGCGGCGGGGGCGGUGAUGCAUUUCGCUGCGGAUUCACGAAUCAAUGGUAUCAACCCCAUACUUCCCAUCGAUGGAGACUGA